CGCGCGCGGGGAGGGGAGGAGAACUGACGUCAGCGGGAGAGUAUUAUGGUCUGUCGUAUGCUGGCUGCUGCUUUUCAGCUCCUGGAAGCGGCCAAGAGGGGAAGCGGCGAGUCAAUAUGGAGCUUUCGGCGGUGGGGGAGCGGGUGUUCGCGGCCGAAGCCCUCCUGAAGCGGCGCAUACGGAAAGGACGCAUGGAAUACCUCGUGAAAUGGAAGGGCUGGUCGCAGAAGUACAGCACAUGGGAGCCAGAGGAAAACAUCCUGGAUGCUCGGUUGCUUGCAGCCUUUGAGGAAAGGGAAAGAGAGAUGGAGCUCUAUGGGCCCAAAAAACGAGGACCCAAACCCAAAACCUUCCUUCUCAAGGCCCAGGCCAAGGCAAAGGCCAAAACCUAUGAAUUUAGGAGUGACUCAGCUAGAGGCAUCAGGAUUCCCUACCCAGGCCGCUCGCCCCAGGAUCUAGCUUCCACUUCUCGAGCCCGGGAGGGCCUUCGGAACAUGGGUCUGUCCCCACCAGGAAGCAGUAGUAGCACCAGUAGCACCUGUCGACCAGAGCCUCCUCGGGACCGGGACCGGGACCGGGAUCGGGAUCGGGAUCGGGAUCGAGAUCGAGAACGUGAAAGAGAUCGAGAGCGAGAGAGAGAACGAGAAAGAGAAAGGGCUGCCAGCCGCAUGGAUGAUAAGCCCAGCUCACCAGGGGACAGCUCCAAGAAGCGAGGCCCCAAGCCCCGGAAGGAUCUCCUGGACCCUUCACAGAGGCCCUUGGGAGAACCCAGUGAUGGCCUUGGAGAUUACCUCAAGGGCAGGAAGCUGGAUGACAUCCCUUCUGGAGCAGGAAAAUUCCCAGUUGGCCACAGUGUGAUCCAGCUGGCCCGAAGGCAGGACUCGGACCUGGUGCAGUGUGGUGUGACCAGCCCUAGCUCAGCUGAGGCCACAGGCAAGCUGGCUGUGGACACCUUCCCUGCCAGGGUCAUAAAGCACAGGGCCGCCUUCCUGGAGGCCAAAGGCCAGGGUGCUCUUGACCCUAGUGGCCCUCGGGUCCGGCAUGGCUCAGGCACACCAGGUUCUAUGGGGAACCUCUAUCGGGACAUGGGGGCCCAGGGGGGAAGGCCCUCCCUCAUCGCCAGAAUCCCAGUGGCCAGAAUCCUGGGGGACCCAGAGGAGGAAUCCUGGAGCCCCUCCCUGACGAAUCUGGAGAAGGUGGUGGUCACUGAUGUGACCUCAAACUUUUUAACGGUCACCAUUAAGGAAAGUAACACGGACCAAGGUUUUUUUAAAGAGAAAAGAUGAAUUGCUGGGUGGGUGAGCCCAGGACAAGAACAGGCGAGAGUGAGCCAGACUUGGCAUAGUGCUUUUUAUUUGUAGGUGGGAUGCGGCCUCUGGCUGGUCCUGCCCCUGACUUCACACCCUGUCAGCCUUUUUCAUUCUUCCUUCUUACCCCCUCAGUUUUGGUUGGAAAUUUAUCUCUAGAGUUAUAUUUUCUAUUAGAUGUAAAUAUGUUAUUUAAGAAAAAUAUCUAAAUAUAUAUAUUUCAACUCUUGAAGUUGUUUUAUUUAAGGAGAGAGAGAGAGAGACAGUGUGGUUUAGUGCGAUCAGGCAGGCUGAGUUGGGACAAGAGGGGUCCUGUCCUCCCUUGGGACCUGGGCACCGGGUUUCUGAGGGUUUCUGGAGGGACUCAGCCUGCCCACCACACCCCUCCUUCCUUCACACUCCCAAUGCCAGACUGAUGGCUCUGGGUUUUCUCUCUCUUCCUAUUGGCCAGGCAGGCCAACAAAAGGUUAGCUCCCCAAUCAGAAAAAGGGGGUGGGAUGGGGUCAGUCUGGGCUUUCUGUUUUUCUAUUUUUUUUUCUUUGUAAAGAUUAUGAAGUCUAUUAGGGGAAAAAAGUAUUAACUUGAAUAACUUUUCCUGUGUGAGGUUGAAGGUAAAAAGUCGAAGUUGGGUGGGGAGCCGUUUCCCACCCCAGGACCACACCAGGAAAUGCACUUUACGGGAGGUGUGUGUGCUGUACACGCGGAUCGUGUGUGUCUUGUGGAUGAAAUCUCCCCGUCCCUCCAUUCCUUUCCUUACUCCGCAGAGAGAAAAGAAAUCCAGCAAAUCUGUUUACAUUCCCGAAAUGCCAGGAUAAAUUGGGAGGAUUGCGUGUCAGUGCCCAGAGCUCCAGACAGUUGUUUUACAAGAAAAGUGUUCAGGUGGACUUUUCCUUUGCGUGUUCUCUAGCUUCGCCAGGAGAGGAGACGGCGGCCCCACCGCCCAGGAAGACUUGGACAGCUUCCCUCCCUCGGGGAGGGCGGGCCCGCACUCCGAGGGACACACGCCUGCCAGGCCGUCCUGCGGGACGGGCGGCGGGCACGCCGAAAGAGAGCUGUGCGCCUGGCGGCGGGGAGGCCCGGGCCGGGGUCGCCGCUCGCCCGGCCGCCUGCACGGGACUCAGGCCCAGGGGCUGCAGCAGCGCACAGAGAAGGAGGGAGGCGGGUUUUCAUCCAAGAAUGCGCAUCUGAACUUCUGCUUUUUCCUCCCCCUCCUUAAAAGCAAAAGCUGUAAUUUAUAGGCCUUUUCGGUUCGAGGAGUGUUCUCUCUGUGAACUCGACAUCCAAACCCCGCGGAGGGGGAGGAGGAGGAGCGCGUCGGGUGUGCGGGCAGCCGCGGUGGGGGAGGCGGUGCGCGGCGCCGGUCCCGCCACGCCCCCGCCCGGGCAGACUCCGCACCGCACCGCCCUGCGCCCAGCGCCCCUCUCCGACUCAAAAGCACAAAUCGGUCCCCCCCACCGGACUCCCAGUCUCUUCCAGCUCCUUUUUUGCGGCCUCUUCACCCUCCCCGCCCUUAAAGGGCCAGCGAAGAACUAACUUUCAGGGCUCGUCGAGGGAGGGGCGCAGGGCUUUGUGCGCUAAGCAAAGCACAGACUCCGGCAAGCGAGCGAGGCCGGGUCCCCCGGCUGCGCUGGGGGAGAUUCGCGCGGGGGGGGGGGAGGCGGAAGGCCCUGAUGGUCCUCCGCAGCCCGGCUCCCCACCUUCAGUUUCUCAAGCCUCUCUUCCCUCUAGACUUUCUAGCCUUUAAAGAGAGAGAGGAAAAAAGCCAAGUGGUGUGCUGCAGGAUAUUUGUUUCUUUUUGAAUAUCAAGUUGCACCGAGGGAGAAGCCCCUGGAAUGGGGAUUUUUAUCUGCUCACAUUUGUAAAACUGCUAUUUUAGAUUUUGUAUAAAGAAGCGCCGUUGACCGAGGGUGUCUGUCGCUAUUUUCAGAUGAACCAGCACGUAAGGGGCAAGUCCGUAACCUAGUGGACAGUGGCUCGGGGACACGAGUUUUACCUGGCUGCCCCCUCCCUUCUCUGCAGUCCUUCCCUGACUCCACUUCCCAGCUGCCUGGGCAGACUUGGACCCUUCCCUCCGGCCUUACCCCUACCAGCGUGGUUCUGCCUCACCACCCCUCAUCCUGCUGUGUGUCCGUGGCCGUCGUGUAUGUCUCGCUAGCUCUUGAGACGCUGACCGCGGGGUGGGUAGCAGGGGCCGGGGCCUCGUGGGUGGGAGUCUGCGGCAGCGCGGGAUGUGCGUCUGCUGGUGUAUUUAAUUCUCAGAUUUGUACAAAUCUCGAAUCGAUCUCCACCUCAGCUCAAGAGUGAAGCUUUGGUACCUAUCUUCUAUGGUCGUGAAUGUCUGUAUCUAGUACCGCUUUUUACGUGUUUAAAUAUAUACUUUGUAAAUAGA